UGUUGCAUCAAUGAAGACUGUCCAACCACAUAUGUACGUAACAGUGACGAGGAACUGGUCUUGGUUAAUGUUUGACUGAUCUGUCAGCUGACUCUCAGAGUUCCCCUAUAUAAUGAGAACGUUUCUGACAAACUGUCUGCAGCAAAGAGGACAUUAAAGGCUGUUAAGAUGCGUGGUAUCCUUGCUAGUUGUGCUCUCACAGCACUGCUGCUGGCUGUAGCCUGGGCAGACCACCACCACCACAACCAUGCCACUGCACACAGCAGUGAGGGUGAGAUGAGCUGCCACAAGGUGUCCUCUCCCAAUGCUGACUUUGGCUUUUCCCUCUACAAAAGCCUGAAUGCCAAGACUGCUGCUGGAAAGAACAUCUUCUAUUCACCACUGGGCAUCUCCACUGCCCUGUCCAUGCUGUCUACAGGGGCCCGUGGUGAAACACACAGCCAGCUGUUCUCCACCUUGGGCUACAGUGCUUACGACCAGGCACAGGUCAAUGAAGCAUAUCAUCACCUUUUCAUGAUGCUUGGCCAAAGCCAGCAGAAUCAGCAGCUGGAUGUCGGUAAUGCUGUUGCGGUGCGCUCUGGCUUCACUCCUCUGGACAAGUUCCUGAAGGAUGUCAAGCACUACUACAAUGGUGAGAGCUUCAGCGUCGACUUCAAAAAACCUGAUGAGGCUGCAGCUGAGAUCAACAGAUUCAUUGCCGGUAAAACACAGGACAAGAUUAAAGAUAUGGUGAAAGACUUGGACCCUGAAAUGGCCAUGGUGCUGAUCAACUAUGUCUUUUUCAGAGGACAGUGGGUGAGACCCUUCGAUGGUAACCUGACACACAAGGCAGACUUCCACGUGGAUGAAUCCACCACAGUUCAGGUGGACAUGAUGAGAAGAAUGGGACGCUAUGACUUCUACGAGGACAGUGACAACCACACCACUGUCAUCAUGCUUCCCUACCAGGGCAACACCUCCAUGAUGAUUGUCCUGCCAGAUGAGGGCAAGAUGGCGGAGGUGGAGGGCUACAUCAACAAGGACUACAUCAGACACUGGCAUGACAAGCUCUUCAGGAACUCUGUGAACCUGUUCUUGCCAAAGUUUUCUAUCUCUGCUGAAGCGUCCCUGGACAACACACUUAAAGAAUUAGGAAUGACUGAUGCUUUUGGAUUCAAUGCUGAUUUCUCUGGCAUGUCCGAAGAGGUCAGCCUCAGAGUUUCAAAGGUGUCCCACCAGGCAGUGCUAAGUGUGGAUGAAACAGGAACAGAGGCGGCAGCCACCACCACCAUUGAAGUUAUGCCUAUGAGUAUGCCUGACACCAUGACACUCAACAGGCCCUUCUUGGUCUUCAUCAUGGAGCAUUCUACCAGGAGCAUCCUCUUCAUGGGCAAGAUCAACAACCCCACAGCCAUGUAAAGAUGCUGAGAAAAUGAGAGUUAAUCUGUUGCAUUGUUACCUCAGCAUUUGGAAGCCCUGUAGAGAUGUCACAGUGAUAUUAAGAAAACUGGGGAGAUAAUGGACAGAACACAGUUUGAUGAAUACGAUGACAAACCUGUCAUCAAGUAACAGAAAUGUUAGUGUAUUGAUAUGACUAUAGUCUGUCAGUAUGACACAUUUAUUACCAUCUGAAUGUGGGUAGACCUGGUUAAGUACAUCGUUAUAUAUUGUAUCCAGCUGACUGUUGUAUAUGAAAACAAUCACUUGAAGCAUCUGCUAACACAGUGAGCCAAUGUGUUUUGUGCUGUUGCUAUUUCAACAUGGUUCAACAUGAAAUAAAGACAUGUCAUGAUCAA